AUGUCCAGUCCUGAAACCAGGCUGGCGGGUGAGGGCUGGUUCCUAGAUCAGUGGUUCUCAAAUGGGGGUAUGUCUCCCCCUAGAGUGAUCCGCUCAGCACUGAAGGUAGAGGACGAUCCACCACUGAUUCACUUCUCCUCAAACCAAUCAGACAUUUCAGAGCUGCUGGAAGGGAUCUUCUGCACCAUCUCCCUGUGCACGUACGCGGCCAGCGUGACCUACGACCUCUCCAGGAACCCGCCCUUCAUCUACGGGUUGCCGGGCGACGUGGACCACGGCUACGGCUGGUCCAUCUGCUGCGCCUGGGCCAGCCUGGGCCUCACCGUGGCCUCCGGCUGCCUCGGCACCACCUACCCCUUCCUGAGCCGGGCCAAAGCCCUGCGCUCCAAGACCGCCCGCGAGUCCUCCGUCUGAGCCCGCGAGACGUCCCGACGAGGCGGGGGAGGACGAGGGAGCGACCGCCUGGCGUACGGCGGCCUCGGUCGGCGUUUUGAUGGAUGGGUGUUGGAGAGCCGGGCUGAGCUGGAGAACAGGUUUCUCGGUUGGUUUGUUUGACUCGUGGUGUGUUCAGGGCGCCGUGGAAAGCGCAGACUUCUUGCUAACUUGUUUUCGACGACUUGCACUUCUGCUCUGAAGCUGGUGUUUGUGACGCGACGGGACGACAGGUGCUUCUGCACGGCUGCGCCCCCUGUUGAGUGUUAUACACAGUACUGGUGUUAAUGAUGUAUCUAAAUGUACGUCUGUUCAGUUAACACACACACACGCACACACACACACACACACAUUGGCUUUA